AUGUCCACAUUUAGAAACACCUCUUCAGUACUUAGUCCAUCAUCAAUGAGCGGCCACAGGCCGCGGCGUCGGGUUGCAGAACUCGGAGUGUCUGGAGGCGCUUCGCUGGUCCCGCGCCGUCUCCUGCGUUCCAGUAGCGGACACCUGACUCCUCACGCCCGAGUACUGUCCUUAGGCGGAACGGCGUCUGCAGCGAGCAGCGAGGUUCCAGCCGGCUGGGCUGAUGCGGUCCCUGGCAUUUCCCGUGCUGGCCCUGGGUCGCCCUGGAUGCUGCUUCCCGCCGGGAGCCUGCUUCUGACGGCGGAAAGGAGCUUCACCUGGGGCGGCCGACGGGGAACUGAGAAGAAUCCACCGGGGAAGUGGACGGGGCGGGCUCCCAGGCCUGGCGCUGAGGCUCUCGGGCAGCCAGACCUCCCGCUUGGUUGCGUCACUUUCCUCGGUUUUCUAGACAGCAGUUGUGGGGUUGAAUCCUUGCCGUGGUUUUGUAAGAAUUAAAUGAGAUAAUGAACGCGAACAUCAA